GGAUGAGCAAAGGGCCGGCUUUCAACGUUUGGAGGAGCUCCGGGAGGCCGAUAGACACCGGUAUGAGGAAGACCAACAUAGGUUCUACGGGCCUAUGUACUCGUUUAUGGCACAGCAGGGAUCCUUCCAUACCAUGGCGAACCCUCCUCCACCACCCUCAUGGUAUGACCCUACUCAUUGGGGUAAUUUUGGAGGAUCUGGCUCCGGUGGUGGAGGGUACGACGGCGGAGAUGGCGGGGACACUUACAUGGGAGAUGGUGGCCAAGGGAGCGGUUUUGGAGGGAGCUACUACGGAGGAGAAGGCGAGCACUAGGGACAGUGCGUGAUUCAAGUGCGGGGGAGACACUCAUGAUGGCACUCAUUAUAUCCUUAUGAAGAAUAUGAAGAUUCAAGAUAAAGAAGAAGAGAGGAGGAGAAAAGAAGACAACACUAGGAGGCCAUUAAACCCAAGAUGCUCUUUUGUAAUUUGAGUUCAAAACUCAUUUUUCUUUGUAAUCCUUGGUGGUCUUUGUGUUUGUAUUAUGUUUUUGUUGAACUGUGGAACUUUUGGACAA